AAUCAAACUUUAAGCCAAUCAGGUUGGAGCCUGAGUGGUACGUCACGCACAACAACAGCAGAACCAGAGCGCGCAUAACGGAGCGGCGGUGGCGGCGGCAGAAACCGGCGGAACCGGGGCUUCAGUUCCAGCCUUUUCUGGCGCGAACUCGAGUGUAUUAAAUGAGCUAAUGCUCUCAUUCGGUUUAACGAUAGUCCGACAUGGUGAGACACAGUACAACAAAGAUGGACUGCUUCAGGGACAGGGGAUAGACUCUUCUCUGUCUGAAGCUGGAAUACAGCAAGCGGAAGCUGUUGGACUCUACCUGGAAGAUGUCCAUUUCACCAAUGUUUUUGCCAGUGAUAUGAAACGUGCCAAGCAGACUGCAGAAAUAAUAGUGAGGAAAAAUAAGACUGGCAAUGGUUUGGAGAUUGUUACUGAUCCGUCGCUAAAAGAGAGGAGUUUUGGUAUUGCUGAGGGAGGACGUGUGGAGGACAUGAGGAACAUGGCUAAAGCAGCAGGCCAAUUAAUUCCAGAAUUCACCCCACCAAAAGGGGAGACAAUGGAUCAGGUGAAGGUACGGAUUAGCAUGUUCCUUAAAGCUAUGUUCCAGCGGAUGGCGGAUGACCAUCGAGACAAAGUGCGGCCAGAUGUGGAAAAUCAGCCAGAUGUAGAAACAGCUGGACCUCUUGCAGGUCUUCCGAAUGAUGGCGUCCAGGAUGUUCCUGUUCAUGCCCUUGUGGUGACCCAUGGUGCCUACAUGCGGGUGGCAGUGCGGUACUUCAUUGAGGAUCUUGCAUGCUCUGUGCCUCCCGGCUCGGACAUGUCUCAGGUGUUCUCGGCAUGUUCCAAUACAGGAAUUUGCAGAUUCAUAGUGACUUUGCGAUGUUGCAACGAUGAUGUUACUCUCUUAAGAAUGAAGUGUAUAUUUAUAAACCGCAGAGACCACCUCAAAGCUGAGGACAGUUAACUGAAUGACUGUAUGAGAAGAAUGUUUAACACUGAAAUGUUUAAAUGUCCUAUUUAUUUCAUUCACAAAAGCAAAAUGAAUCACUCAUGCCUGACUGCAUUUUAAUGGCCUAAACUACCAAACUUUCAGAAAUAAUGUAAACACUCACAAAACUACAGUCUGAUGUCAGUUGAUGACACUUAAUGAUUAUCUAGUAUAUGGAUUCAAACCUGUGUUCCUGUUGAUUGCAGAAGUUAACUGAUCAUAUGAUUUGACUUAGAUUUACCUUUACAAAAUGUCCUUUGUAAUAAAGGCCACAAGUCACUAUAACAGUGGUUCUUAAACCAGUGCUAGGGAGGUCUAGAUUAUCUUUAUACUCCAACCUAAAUCAUAAGAAUAAAAAAGAAACCUGCAGACCAUCUACGGCAGUGGUUCCCAAAUGUUUUAGAUCAUGUACCACCCACAGUCAAACUAAAACCCACAAUCAUAUAUACCACAGAAACACAUGCAAGAAAACUGGGAUGAAUGAUAUGGACAAAUGUGUAUUAAUGCUAUUAGAUAUUUCGGUGUUAAAGUGAAACACAAUAAAUUAAUGCUAUUGAAAAGUGUACUCCAAAUUCUAAUAGAAAUGCUGCAAAAUGACUUUCAUUCUGAAGUUCAUUCUUUUUAUCUGUCAGUAAAAACGUGAUAUGUAUUUGUCUGUAUAAUAUGUGUUUAUCUCCAAUCAAAUUAGACAAAUUCAGUUUGAGAACCACUGAUCUAGGGAACCCUAAGUAUGAGUUUAAGGACCACUGCUGUAAAACAUAAAAAGGAGUGCACUGAAUAAUACUGGUUGUCUGUGUAAAAUGUUAAAUUUAAAAAGUAAUAUAUUUUAAAUAAAGUGUGAAAUAACUA